CUAUUUUUCUAUUUUUGUCAUUUUUAUUGAUAAAAUUUCUUUAUAUAAUAGAGAUAAAAUAAUGGAAAAAUCUGUCAUCAAAAAGCCUCGUAAUAAACGAAAAACUUAUUGGUGUGCUCCUAGAAAAGUAAAAAGUACAAAUAUUCUAGAAAAUAUCGACAAUUCCUUACAAGACAAAAAGAUAAAAAAAAGACAUAAAAAAAAACGGAAAUCUGUAAGAAAUAUGAGACGUAUCGAUAUCUUAGCACAACCUAAAUCCAUGAAACAUGAACUGCAACAUAAGAGACAUCUCUCCAAUGCAAACUGUUCUAUCAGGAAAUAUAAUGCUAUAAAAAAAUCUAUUUCAUCAAAUCAGAAAAUUAUCACUUAUCCACAUAAAACUUUAAAAACGAAGAAAUUUAAAGGAGCACACAAAUCAGGAAAUUCUAUGAUAAAUUUAACAUUAAAAGAUUCAUCUCCAAUUAUAUUACCGAAGAAAAUAGGUGUUCGAUUAUUUUCUUUAGUAAAAAAGAGACUUAGAGAACUGACAAAUUGCAAAAAUAUGAAAUAAGAAAAAACAUAUCGAAAAUGAAGGAUUAAAAAUUACACAUCUGUAUAAAGAAUUACGAAAUAUAAAAUUCAUAUAAUUUUGGAUAAAAUGAAAAGAUACUCUCAUAAAAUCUGGACCUAAAUACGCACUAAAUUCUCUUUUUUCUGGUGGUAUUACCACCAAUUGCUGCGUAGCAUCUUGGAAAAUCAAAUCACUGUAAGGUGGCGGACUGUAAAACAUACUAAAACUAAAUUCGUCUUGUUCUUUUCUACCAUAAAAUUGUUGGGCAUAAAUAAAUAAAUUUAUAUAAGCAUU